ACUUACUGAAUUCAUUCUCACAAAGCUUUCCUUGCUUUCAAAUUUUCGCUCCUACUCCAUUCCCAACUUAGCCAUGAAAAGAGAAAGAGAAGAUGAGCAGACCCUGGACUUGGUUAGUUGCUUGAUGAUGUUAUCCAAAGACGGCCAAUAUGAUUCGUCCCCGGUCAAAAAACAGAAGACAACUGAUCGUUCAUUUUCAUGUAAGACCUGUAAUCGCGAGUUCUCAUCGUUCCAAGCCCUCGGAGGUCACAGAGCGAGCCACAACAGACCAAAACUAAUGGCCGGAAAUGGUACUUCCAACCUCUUACAGUUAGCACAGUCAUCACCGAGCUCGCAGGCAAAGCCCAAAACGCAUGAGUGCCCGAUCUGCGGGCUUGAGUUCGCAAUUGGGCAAGCGCUUGGCGGACACAUGAGGAAACAUAGGGACGUUAUGACUUCUGCUGCCGAUCAAAUUCGGGCAGCAGCCGUACCGGUGUUGAAGAAAUCGAAUAGUAGCAAAAGGGUCUCGUGCUUGAAUCUGGAGUUGAAUUUGGCACCACCGGGAUACCAACGUCAUUAUGAUUUGACGAAGUUGCAGUUGAUUGCUUGAAACUGAUUAGUAGCUAGCAGUGUUGCACAUAUGUCAAUAUGUCAUCUUGUUCUUAAUUCGAUUAGGUAUUUAGGUUACAUGUGAAUUUCUCCAGUCAGAAAUUUUAUUAAUUUUUUGUAUAGAAACAGUGGAGAUCGAUCGCGGAUGUAUUAGUGUUCUUCGAUAUUUGUUUGCUCAGCUGAUUGUUCUCAAGUUCCUUUGACAUUCUAUUGGUACAAUCACUACAAUGUAUUAAUGUAUUCUUUUAUUCAAUUUUGUAAAA